AAAUUAUAAGAAGUCAUUUUGCUCUGGCAACACUUUCUCUUUUCUUUAUUUUCGUGGAGUUUGCAAGAUUCCUGGCAAAAUGGCAUCCUUAUCGCACCUAAAUUGGCUCAUUGUACGAAAUUGCAACUCGUACUUGCUAAAGAAGCGUAACAUCCCUAAACCUUUCAGCACAGAGCGCAACAACCUGACCAAUCUGAGUUCAUACAGAUACAGCGGUCUGGUUCACCAUAAGACUCUGGCUGUGUUGCCGGCAGACAAGAAGGGCUUCACAGUAGUGUACAAGAAGAAGAAGGUGGAGAAUCAGCCCUCCAAGAGUCUGGUGAAGGUGACUAUGAAAUCUGGCCCUCGACGAUCACUGUACAAGCUCAAAAAGAUGCUGAAGGCACAGAAGUACCGCAAGGAUUUGACCAAGGCUGCCCUCAGACGUGCCAGUGCUGUCCUGCGAUCCCAGAGACCAAGGAACACCAAGAAGGCUAAGAAAGCCAAGAAAACUGAGUGAAUGUAGUCCCUCCGGAUUCACAAUAAAAGCCACUCAAAUUCAAUGUGAA